GUCUCGAGCAACAGUCGCCAACGGAAGCAUAAACCUCAGGAUGAAAUUGCAAUUCUAUAUCGGAUUUUUGUGUACAAGUUUUACUUUAAUAAGUUCACAAAAUAGUAGUGAAACCGGCACUGAUGGUGCGUCUUUUCGAAAACCACUGUCACAACCGGAAGUUUGUGCAGAGUGCGGAUGUGUUCGUGGAAAAUUUGAAAGUGGACGAAAGAAGUCCUACGACGCAUUCUACGGAAUCCCUUACGCUGAACCUCCUGUUGGAAAAUUAAGAUUCGAAAGCCCUGUCCCCUAUUCCGGAUGGACAGGAUACUGGGAUGCUUCAUAUCCAAGAGAUGAUUGCUUGCAAGAGAACCUUUAUUUGCCUGGAUAUCCUAUCUCAGGUUCUGAGGAUUGUCUGUUCCUCAAUGUCUAUCGACCAAGUUCUUGGAACAGAAAGAAGAAACUUCCGGUUCUCAUAUGGAUUCAUAUGGGUUCAUUUUUUGCUUUCUCAUCGAAUCCUGCACUUGUCGGACCUGAGUAUUUAAUGGACAAUGGAGAAGUGAUUUUGGUGACUAUGAACUACCGUCUUGGUAUUUUGGGAUUCCUCUGUUCAGGAGAUGAAGCUGUUAAAGGGAACUUUGGCUUGAAGGACCAACAACUCGCUCUGAAAUGGGUUGCAACUAAUAUUGAAUACUUUGGUGGAGACUCAUCGUCGAUAACUCUUGCUGGACACGGUGCUGGAGGAAUAUCCACAAAUUUGCAUAUGUUGAACCCAAAGUCUCAAGCACUAUUUCAUCGCGCUAUAAUGAUGAGUGGUGUAGCCCUCACUCCAAUGAUAUAUCCCAUUGAUUUCGAAGCGCAAUUUCGUAAAGUUGCUAAACUAAUUGAGUUGCCGGAUUGGGAGGCUGGUACGACCACCAAUUUAGCAUACCAAAUGAAGAAGCUCGAUGGUCUUAAACUUAUCCUGGCUCACAAGUAUUUGUUUUUGAUGCUUAAAACUCCUCCUUUUUCACUUCGUCCCUGCAUUGAGGGUGACUGGGAGGGAGCUUUUAUGACCGAGGAUCCACGAACCGUUUGGGCCGAAGGAAGAUUUGUUCAUAAACCUUUCGUAGUUGGUACAGUCAGAAAAGAAGGAAUCGUUCAAUCGGUUAUCACAACUGACAAAAGCCUUCUUGAUCAAUUUAAUAAAAACAUCUAUCAUUUUUUACCGGUCCAACUGGACUUUCAUCCGAAAUACGCCUACGACGUUAUGAAGUAUUACUUAGGGAAGAAAGACUACAUCGACAGUUCUAAUCAAGCAGAAUAUUUCGAGAUGUACGGUGAUAGAUGUUUCUGUUAUCCCAUGGUGACCAUGGUCAACCAGUACAUAACCUACGCAGACGUCAAGAAAAAUCCUGUGUUUAUCUACGAAUUUGCAUAUGAGAGCGAAUAUUCUCUGGCCAACCUUUUGCACAACACUGAAGAAUACUUAGGAGUAGGACAACUCGAUGAUCUACCCUAUCUCUUUAGAAUGAGUUCAAACUUCCAACCGUUCGAGACCGAUUCUCCAGAAAGCAGAAUGAGUGACAUCUGGGUUCGGACCAUGGUUAACUUCGUUGCACGAGGAGAGAUUAAAGUCUGGCGGACCUUAAGACCUUGUACAACUGAAAACGCCAGUCCAACUUGUGAUCGUCAAGUUUUCGAGCGAUACACGAAUGGAGAUCAAGAUGAAUCCUUCGUCUCAAUAGCUAAUAACAUUGAUACCGAUAUGUUAAAGCUUUUUGAAAAUAUUGACAGUGGUGUUAAGUCAAAAACACUAGAGUCAUGUACAUUAUCAUAAAACUCAAAAUCACUUAAAAUAUUUUGUUCAAGUGAUUACUUUUGUUUCCUAAAAUAUACAUCCAAAAUUUUAACAACUAAUAAACAUGAUAUCACCUUAAACAUCUUUGCGAGAGGGCAAAAUAAAUAUGCAAAAAAAUCGUCUCUUCUUUAAAACAAGUUUAAAGAAAAAGAAA